GAGCCGCGGCGGCGGCGGCGGGGCGCGGAGGCGCGCACGUCACGCGGCGGGGCGGGAGCGGGGGCGCGCACGCUGGGCGCGGGCGGACGGGACGGGCGCGUGGCCGCGGCCGUUGCUAAGGGGCCGCGCUUCGGCCGCCGUAGCUUAAGACGAAAGGAAGAAGGAACGUGCUACAAUGUCUCCUGAAGUUGCCUUGAACAGAAUUUCUCCUGCUCUUUCACCAUUCAUUUCGAGUGUGGUGAGAAAUGGAAAAGUAGGCCUGGAUGCUACUAAUUGUUUACGAAUUACAGACCUGAAAUCUGGCUGUACAUCCUUGACGCCUGGACCUAGCUGUGAUCGAUUUAAGCUGCAUAUUCCUUAUGCUGGAGAAACACUCAAAUGGGAUAUAAUUUUCAAUGCUCACUAUCCCGACCUGCCACCAGAUUUUAUCUUUGGAGAGGAUGCUGAAUUUUUGCCAGAUCCUUCUGCCUUGCAUAAUUUGGCUUCUUGGAAUCCUUCAAAUCCUGAAUGCCUCCUGCUUGUUGUGAAAGAGCUUGUGCAGCAGUAUCAUCAAUUUCAGUGCAGCCGAUUACGUGAGAGCUCACGUCUCAUGUUUGAAUAUCAGACUUUACUUGAAGAGCCCCAGUAUGGAGAAAAUAUGGAAAUCUAUGCUGGCAAAAAAAAUAACUGGACUGGUGAAUUCUCAGCUCGCUUUCUCUUGAAAUUGCCUGUAGAUUUCAGCAAUAUUCCUACAUAUCUUCUCAAGGAUGUGAAUGAAGAUCCUGGAGAAGAUGUUGCACUUCUCUCUGUUAGUUUUGAGGAUGCAGAAGCUACUCAGGUUUUUCCUAAGCUGUAUCUGUCUCCACGCAUUGAACAUGCGCUUGGAGGAUCGUCUGCCCUUCACAUCCCAGCCUUUCCUGGUGGAGGAUGUCUUAUCGACUAUGUACCGCAAGUAUGCCAGUUACUAACAAACAAGGUACAAUAUGUUAUUCAGGGAUACCAUAAGAGAAGAGAGUAUAUUGCAGCCUUCCUGAGUCACUUUGGAACUGGUGUAGUGGAAUAUGAUGCAGAAGGCUUCACAAAGCUUACUCUGUUGCUGAUGUGGAAAGAUUUUUGCUUCCUUGUUCACAUUGACCUACCCCUGUACUUUCCUCGAGACCAACCAACCCUAACCUUCCAGUCAGUCUACCACUUCACUAACAGUGGGCAGCUGUACUCCCAGGCCCAGAAGAAUUACCCAUAUAGUCCACGCUGGGAUGGCAACGAAAUGGCCAAGAGAGCAAAUUUUUCUUAGGUUGGUGUAAGGUCACUGUGACACAAACUAACUGAGAACAUGGCAGACUAAAGGAGGAGAGAGAAGGAACUCAGUGUUUCCCAUAAAGGAGAAAAAGCGUUGAUGGGAAGCUGAUUUCUGCCAUAUAGGACUGUGGAGAGAAGCCGUAGAUCAAGGAGCAAAGCUUGUUUUCUCCAUCUUCAGCGUGAUUCAAUAGGUACCCAAAUUACUGAAUUGUAUUUAAUAGCUGUUGUCUAGAGAUGACAAAUUUAACAAAUGGAUGUAAAAAUAGCAAUUUUGAAAACCUUCUGAGAUACUUGAAAGUAUCUUGCAGCAGCAUGUCUGAAACAAAAAAAUGAGAGAUUGGUAUGUGGAUCCCUGUGAUGUGGCACAGAAGAAAGUCACUGAGAGUGUAAAUUUAUGUGAAUAUGUUUAUGUGAAUAAGAUACGAGAAAUGAAUUUUUUCCUAAGUUCGUGUUUGCACUGAGUUUCUCUGUGCCUGUAUGCACAAUAUACAAGGCGUGUUUUUAUCAUUUUAAAGCUUAAAUGUUAAGGGAAGGAAUAGUAGUCCAUGUGAAAGAGGCCCUUGCCAUCCAGUCUGUUAUCGUCCUUUAGAAAAAAUCCUUAUAUUUUUUAAAAGUAAUUUCAUGUAAAGCAAUUGUAAAGCAAUAUGUCCACAUCAGGGUCCUGUCUAUGUGGAAGCAAGUGUGUAGACUUUGACCUCAAUAGCAAUUGGGUGGAAAAUGAAACUUGGCCAUUGGCAGCCAUUAAGAGGUGUUUGUUCUCCUCCUAUGUGUUAGUCAUUUCUGUAGUUGACAAAAAAAGGUCAUCAUUUCUGUUUAACUGGAAAUAAAAAUAUUUUAGUAUACGGUUUUGUCCCAAACUUAAGAUGAAAAGAAAAAGUCCUAAAAAAAAAUGUUGCUUCAAACAUAUGAAGAAAAUGCAGUUAAAGUGUCAGUAUAAUGUACCUGCUAGCAGUAGCACAAUGUCUGCUGGAAGCAGAAAUAUCAGUGACUUAUCUCAUCAUUCUUGCCAUGGACUGGGUCCUUUGAAGAGAUUACUUCUGCUAGAAUGUUUAUAUUUCUGACUCCCAACACACAUGGCCUUGUCUGUGUAACUAGAUGCAUCAUCUGUGAUAUGCUGUACUACAGAUAAGCAGGUUAACAUCAAACUGACAGAAUGUUUAGGCUUUUCGUUCCCCAAACCAGAGCGUCUCUUCUCAGGUCAACCCAAACCAAAACACCUCAUUCUUUUCCUUCUUAUUCUGAUGAAAUGUCAGCAUUUCCACAAAAAGGCACUCAGCUGGGCAAAAAUGUAACUUUUCCAUCGAAAAAGCCCUGCAAUUUAAAAAGACAGUAUCCUAUGAACUCUAACAGCAAGUAAUGAUGGCCCUGCUCCCUGUUUCACUCCUUCAAAGAUACCCUUGAAAUAAGCCUUGUUAAUUUUAUACACUAACAUUUGCUAUUCCCUCCCUAUAUGUAGUGGUUACGAACGUCAAAGCAGUUUAACCUACCAUCUCCUACUUCCCCUUCUUUGCUCUUCUGUUGAUUAAAUGCGCUGCAGCUAAUAUAAUUCCAUCAAUUAUAUUGUACUUUUGGACCUCUUUGCAGGGUCUUUUUCCUUUGUGCCUGCAAUGAACCACAGUUACCCAAACCUUUUUUCCGAAAUCUAUGUUAUGUAGGAAACAUGGAGAGGGGCCGCAAUGGAGGAGUGUGCCCUGGCUAAACAUUCAGUAUUGCGCUUAUUUCAGUCUGGAAAAGAUCACAAAUAAUUAGAACAAACUUGAGCAUGUACUUUAAAGUAAGGAAAGAAAAAAAUGGACACUUACAAAUUAUAAAGUACUGAAGUAAUUUUUGCAGUAUAUAUAUAACAUCUCUGAGAAGCUCAUAUGAACUACCAGUGAAAUAACAUUCUCCUUGACAUAGUACAUUCGAUGAGAAUAUAAGGAGGUGUUUGAUUUAGUACUGCAGCAGAGAGUACAAGCUCUACCACAGGAACCAGCAAACAGAAAGGAUACUGGUGAAGAUAAUGACGGUGUGGGAGUCUGUAUCUGAUGUUCACAUUUGGAAUUUAUCUGAGAGAAAGGUGAUUGAAAUAUAACACAGUAAAUGUGGUGUUAAUGCAAAGCACUGAAAUGUUAUACAGGAUAUGUUUCAGAAAAGAAAUAUAAGGUAGGAAAAUACUGCUUAUUUCCAUUUAAUGAUUAAGAAUUUUUACAGUUUAGGAAAAUGUAAGAGGGAAGUUUUAAGUAACAUUUACCAAGUCAGUGAGAAGAGCUUGUGCUUGGAAAAAAGAGUCUGCAAUAAGCUAUCAAAGGGGAAGGAAGAAGCUACUUAAAAUAAGCAAGCAGAGGAAAUGUAGUUAAAUGUUAGGACAGAUAGUGCAAGGAGAAAUAAAAGGAUGAUAGAUCCUGUGGUUAACAGUGUGCAAGUGAUGCUACUUGAGCUGGCAAAAUGGUGAAGAGUUGGUCAGACCAUACAGAGGCUAAGAUUUCAAAUGUAUUUUGUAAAAACACAAAUAGAGAAUUUGCAUUCAACUACUAAAAUCAAAUUAUAAAUACACCUCCUUAGCUGGUUUAUGUAUCUGUGUGCCAGUACAAACAACCGCUUUUGUGGGCAUAAUUUGUGAGGGCCACUUUUUGAACUUUGAUUCAAUAAAUCAAAGUGUGUUCUAUAAAUACCCAGAACAAUCUGUGUGUGCUAUAAAAUGCGUGUACUGGCUGUCCCUCAUUUCUUUUCCAUUUCUGGCCUCAGCUCCUCAGUCCAGAAAUGCUCCUACUUUAUAUUGCUGUCUUAACCUUUGGACGGCGUCUCAUGUGUGUUUACAGCUUUUGUGCAAAAGCUGACUGUAGCUAUUUUUAAUUAAUUUGCCAGGCACAACAUCACAAAGAGAAGUGUUCUCUUUUGUGAUCUUACAAUAUUUUCAGAUGAGAGGAGGUAUUGUUGGUGUUCCGUGAUUGCCAAAGCUUCGACACAAAUUAUAAAAUACAGAUCGUGGUUGACAGUGAAGAUGAUCAGCAUAUGUUUACUUCAGGAGGUAUAUAAGCAGAGAAACCAGUCACUUAAUGAACAUGGCUGCAGCUAUUUUCAGAUUUGAUUUUUCAUUUUUGGCGAUAAAAACAGGAGCUGGUUCUUCUUGCACAGAAAGUUAUAAAGACCAGUGAUACAAACAGAAAACAAAGCGGUGAAGUGCCGAAAGUAGUAGGCAAAAAGCGAAGACGGCAUGAUGGAGAAGCUCUAAUAUAGCUUGCAAAAUAAAGGAUAUCUUGAGGCCUCACGUAAUAUGUUCAGUACAUAGCUGAAUAUUUUGGUGGAAUGAUCUCAAAGGUACAAUUCAAACUCAGUUUUGGGUACUUUGGAUCAGCUCAUUUUACAGAUACAUGAGUUGCUCAAUUCUGUGUAAAGAAGAUAUGCUGUGAUCCAAAAUACACAAAGCACAUCUUAAUUUACAGAACAAUGUUAUGAAUUUCAGUGUUUAAUAAAAGAAAUUAGAACUCAUCCAGAGUGCUAGUGUUUGUUCUCUGUAUCUUAUAUCAAUAAUGACUCUGUAUUGCGUCACGGAUUCUGUAGAGAGACAAAGCACUUAUCUUCUCCAUAUAUUCUCAUGAUUUUGCAGCUCAUUGCUUUGGCUGUCUUUGGACCUUUGUUGCCACAUGUGAAGCUUUCUUUAACAUAGAAAAUAACAUUGUUAUCCAAGAAACAUGGUGAAGGUCAACUGUAUCAAAAAUCUCCCAUAUAAAAUGCUGCAGGCUGCGGUACAACCACACUUUUGACUCUCCUAAGUAUUUCUCACUUCUACAGCCAUUCAAAUGUGUAUUUUGCAGUGCAUAAAAGGGUUUCUUUCUGGAUCUUUGCUCUGGAUGAAGUAUGGACGCUGGAUUGGGCUUUUCUGGCAGUGUCGAAUUGCCAGCGUUGACCACAUUAAGAGGUGUGACAAGUUGUGCUGAGGCCACUAAAGAAAGAAGUCCUGCUGGAUCUAGAAAGCUCACGUAUGUGUGCCUACUGCAUACUAAAAACUGGCAGGAAAAGCACUCCCUAUUUAUGAGAUCUAAUAAUGGGCUGAACACAAUAACUUUUUGCUUGUCUUUGUUAAAACCUUGGCUACACACAUAUAUGAAGUACUCCUUCCUAAUCCUGAAUUUUCGUUGUUUUUUUUUUUU